UUCAUAGUCAUAAAAAAAUGUCUUAAUGUAUAAAAAAAAAAAAAAAAAAAAAAAAAAAUUAGAUAUAUAUAAUUAAAUCAGCCAUGGUAAUUAUAGACAUGAUUUUCCCCUUUGUUUCCUCCAAUUAUUCAUAUCAUAUCAACUCCAUAAAUCCAUUAUCCAACCAGCAUGAUGUCAUCAGUAUGAGCCUGCUGCCGGUAUCAGCCGAUGAGGUGGCAACUGGAAAGUCACCAAUUGCAGGUCGACGACACAGGAAAAUGACAUCACAGCUGAACGCAAGCUUGUGAUUGGAUGAUUCACACCAUUAGCUUGUGGUGAUUAGAGGAGUCAAACAACCAAUUGUAUCAAAUUAAAUCAAUGCAAAGAAUAACAAGCCUUUGGAUAGAAUAAAGAAGCAAGGAUUUUUGAGAUCUUUUUUUUUUUUUUUUCACCAGCAUAUUUGUUGCUGUUCUUGGCACAGUGAAUUGCAGAGAGUCAGCUGCUACUUUUGGCAGGCAGACAGCACAAGAACACCUGCCAUCACUGUACCAGCCACUUACUGUACACUUGAGCUGAGCAGCAAAAUGAAAUAUUCCAUGCAUGCAUCACUACUGCUGCUAUAUGUGUGGCAGAAAAGAUCAAUGGAAGAGUGAUGGAGAAAAAACAGAGGGAAAGUUAAGCAACAGAGCACGUGCAGACACCAACACAGCCUGGAGUCAGAGCCAGUUGCUAUGGCAACCUCUCUAGAGGGAGGCGCCUUGGAAACAAGAGAGAUGAGGAGACGGGGUUGGGCUGUGACGAAUGCUUAGAGAAGACCAGAGCAGCUAUGAUGAAGUGUGCUGUGAUUGGCUGGCUUUUGGGGUAAGCCCCGCCCUCCGAAGUGUGAUACAACCUUGACUAUAGCAGUACGGUUUCCUGCGCAACACUGUUGGCUUUUAGGGACACUGCAUUUUUCUCUCUAUCAUCCCUUGUUCUCUGACCUUGUGUGUGUAGAAUGCAUUGUGAUUAGUUAGUGGUAGAUCGGCUACCGAGCUGCUGGGAGAAUGGGUGGCCGUGGGUACUUGUAUGCGUGUGUGACCUCAGACGGUGGACAGGAGAGGCUGCAGCUCACGGCUGAAGGAGACUGAGCAUGCAGAGGUUCGUGGAGGCAGAUUACUACGAGCUGGACUGGUACUAUGAAGAGUGCACUGACGUUCUAUGUGCUGAUCGAGUGGGCCAGAUGACUAAGACAUAUAAUGACAUAGAUGCUGUGACACGUCUCCUGGAGGAGAAAGAGCGGGAUUUGGAGUUGGCAGCACGUAUUGGCCAGUCUCUGCUGAAAAAGAACAAAACCCUCAGUGAGAGGAACACCUUCCUGGAAGAACAGGUGGAGCACAUACGAGAAGAGGUGUCUCAGCUGCGUCAUGAUCUCUCAAUGAAGGAUGAACUUCUGCAGUUCUACACAAGUGCAGCUGAAGAGAGUGAUGGAGAGUCUGCUUCUACCACACCUAUUCGCAGAAAUGACUCGUCUUUCACGCUCCCAACUUACCUCCCUCUGGAUUCACUGCAGAAAAAACUCCAGGACUUGGAGGAAGAGAACAUCGUCCUGCGAUCAGAGGCGAAUCACUUGGAGACAGAGACCAUCUCGUAUGAAGAAAAAGAACAACAGCUUGUAAAUGACUGUGUUAAAGAGCUCAGAGAUGCUAACAUACAGAUCUCCACCAUUGCGGAGGAGCUGGCUAAGAAAACAGAGGAUGCCUCUCGCCAACAAGAGGAAAUCACACACCUUCUCUCUCAGAUCGUGGACCUGCAGAAAAAAGCCAAAUCUUAUGCACUAGAAAAUGAAGAGCUCACCCAGCAUCUGGGAGCUGCUAAAGACGCCCAAAGAGCACUAACUGCAGAGCUGAGGGAGCUGGAGGAUAAGUAUGCCGAGUGUAUGGAGAUGCUUCAUGAAGCUCAGGAGGAACUGAAGAACUUCAGGAAUAAAACGCUGCCUCUCAGUACACCGCGACGAUUCCACUCACUCGGCCUGUUCCCCAUGGACUCUUUAGCUGCUGAAAUUGAAGGCACCAUGAGGAAAGAGAUUCAGAUGUCUGAUCCAGACGUAGAGGAACAAAGGUUGCACCCAAAACGUGUCUUCGAGACAGUGCGUAACAUCAACCAGACGGUUCGGCAACGCUCCAUGGGCCCAUCCCCUAUGAACAUCCCAGGGUCCAAUCAGACAUCCUCUAUGAACUCCAGGCGUUCUAGCUGUCUGAGCACACCCCGAUCCAGCAUGUACGGAGGGGACGGUGUUGAAAUGGACAACCGCACUAACAGUAUGCUGCUGGAAACCCAGUCAUCUCAAGAUGGCUCUAAUGACUCCAACAGAAAGCCUGGCACGCCUGGCACACCCGGCUCCCAUGACCUGGAGGCGGCACUGCGUCGCCUUUCCCUUCGACGAGACAACUACCUUAGCGAGCGGCGUUUCUUUGAGGAGGAGAGAGAGCGUAAACUCAACGCCCUGGCAGAAGACAAAAGCGAAUUGUACGAGGACAGAGAUGUUUGUAGUGGCAGUGAAGACGGCGGUCCUCUUACUCCGGCAGACAGCAUCAUGUCUCUUGGCACCCUGCACUCGGUUUACUCCAUCUACAGCGCCCGAUCCUACCUGCCAGAGAAACUCCAGAUUGUCAAGCCUCUGGAAGGUUCGGCCACUCUGCACGCAUGGCAGCAGCUCGCGCAGCCACACCUGGGCGGCAUCCUGGACGCACGGCCGGGCGUUGUGACCAAGGGCUUCCGACCGCUAGAGCUGGACCUGGAGGAGGUGUACCAAUUCACUGACCUGGAGGAAGAUGAGCCAGGACAGCAUUCCCAAUCCGGCAUCUCCUCUUGCCUGGGUUCUCUGCCUUGCUCGCCUGCUUUGCGACGACCACGUGCCAACAAUCCUGACAACCAGGAAGAACAGCUCAGAGAAAAUGGAGGGACCCCUGGAGUGGGGCCAGACCGAAUGGAGGCUGGAGUGGAAGAGGUCUCAUCUGUGCAUUUUCCUGGUAAAUGUAUGUCUCACACCAGCUCCACGUACACUUUCACCACCUGCAGGAUACUGCACCCUACAGAUGAACUCACCAGAGUCACACCCAGUCUCUUGUCUGGUCCAUCACUGGCCUCCUGCGUGAUGUCCAACAGCAGUCUGCGCUCAACCCCUGUGUCCACCCCCUGCACGCCUCGUCGCCUCAGCCUGGCGGAGAGUUUCACCAACCUCCGCGACUCAACCAAGACCACCAGUACCUCUCUGGGCCUUGUGCGCCUCCUACAGGAGAGAGGUAUAUCUGCUGCUGUCUAUAACCCUCUCAGUUGGGACCGGGCGGAUCGAGCCCCUCCACCAGACCCCUACUCAUCACACACUGCCAGCCCCUUACACUCCUGUCCGGACACGCUCCCUUCCACCCCUCCAAACUCCCCCAGCAAGUCCAAACCCGCCAGACCUGUGCUCCCUGUAGACUACAGCCCCUCAGACCCCCCCUACGAAACCUUUCUGGCUUCACGGCCAGCUAGCUCCAUUCUAAAGGAAGUGCGGGAGGCGGACGAAAGGGCUCAAACAGAUACGCAGUGUCAGACUGAAGUCAGUGUGCAGAACCUGAGACUUGUGGACAAGGUGAAGAAGUUUAGCAUGGCUCCCAGAACAUUGGCCCCAGGGAUCGGAAGGCCAGGACCGCCAUUCGGAGCCCACGCUGUUGUGACCUCCCCUAUCGGGGGACUGCCAGUGCUGAACUCAGGGAUGAGAAGAAACCGCAGUUACCCAGCUAUGGUUGGGGCUAGUAUGGCUAUGAAGGGUCCAGGGCCUCCCAGUGAGGACCUGCUAUUGGCCCAUGGGCCACCCAGACAAACUAGCCUCAAUGAAAAGUGAAUGUUGCCUCUCUGUCGUCCCCUUUUGCCUUUUAUUUGUUUAAAUUUGCAUUGAUACAGUAUAUCAUCCUUGCGACAACUCGAGUGCCUGUUAUUAAGAUGAUAUUUGUAUAGAUUAUUUUGUUAUAACAGUUGAUAUAACAACCUCUUUUUUGUCUAUUUCUCUCCGCCUGACCAACAUAAACAGUACAGUUCAUUCAGCAUUGUCACAUAGCUUGGCAUAUUCCAAGCUUUUGUCAUUGUGUGACAAUUUGCACUUGCUAGCUGUGAGAAAACGUAGCAUACAAACAGAGCAGAAAAUUCAUGCCCCAAAAUGAUUUCCAGUUGAAGCACUUUUUUGAAUUUAAAAACUACUCUAGGAUUUUUUUUUUUUUUUUUUUUUUUUUAACUAAAUCUGGUCUUCCGGUGUGACAUUUCAAGAUUUGUUAGUUUUGUGAUGCUAGCAAGAGCACUGAUAGCACCUUAAUGCUAAUGGUAGCCCAGACAUUGGUGAUCAAUGAAGUCUUGUCAUUUCUUAUUUAUUAUUUGGUCUGAUUUGGCACUUUUUAAAGGCCAUGCCAUAUUGCUUUUUAUCAAGCCCCUAUAGUGUGCCAAAAAUUUGCUUUUACUAAGUACAAAUACCUUCACAAAAGCCUUUUCCAUCUAGUCCAGGCAACUGAAUAACUGCAGCGUAAUGUUUGUCUAAAAUGGCUUAUUAAUGCAUAAUAUAAUGGUAAUUACAGUGUAAUAACACAGUUCAGUAAUACGACUCUCAGUAGAGGGCGCUGUUGGCAUGAAUUGGUGAUAAUUUGCACAUUAGCACAUUAACUCUCUGCUCUGUACAUCCUCAAAAGUCGACUGAACAGACUGAAGUACUGCAGAGAAAAAACGAGACCACGGGGCUGUGAAGGUGCUGCAGAAAGAAAUUGCAGCAGGUUUGAACUUGAAACACAAUCAUGUUCAUGUUAAGUCAUCUUUUAAUGUCCUUUUGUUGAAGACCAACAUUAGUGUAUGUGUGUGGAUGUACAUGGCGUGUGGAAUUGCAGUAUCGAAGACUUGAUGAGAAAAUUGCACAACACAUUUCAUUGGUUAAACCGAAGAAAAAAAAAUACUGUACAUCUGCUGUGGUUUUGGAACCUACUGACUGAUAUGUGUCGUAUGUAAAGCAAGUGAAGUAUGUAUUGUGAGCUUUAAAGAUUUCAAGGGUGCAAUAGGAAGUAAUUCAUAGUGCCUGAUUUUUUUUUUUUUUUUUUUUUUUUGACAGACUGUAUCAUAAUGGCUCCACCUGCCACAGAAUGCACUGGCAUAAAUACUGUAACUAUGUGUGAUGUAUUGACUUAACAGUUAUUUUUACCUGACAAUGCAGAUAUUUGAAGGAUAUAUUAUAUUUAAUGUAUUGUCGAGGAAGCACAUACAGUUGAAACUGCAUGAGUUGUUCUAAAGAAAAGGUCUUUUUCUUUUAGUUAAGGCAAAUCAAAUGUGUUAGGUGAAAAUGUGUGCGUAUGUGUGUGUGCACAUUUAAUCAUAGCAUGACCUUUAUUGAAUGUGUUUCAGAGGAAUCUGCCAUGACUGAUCAUUGAUUUCAAUGGUGUGUUUAUUUCAUCAGAAAGGACAUUUGUAUAUUGUAAAUGGUAAAUAUGCAAAGAAUUUAAACAUGCUAACUUUUUAUAUAUAAAAAGCAAAAAACCUAAACUUGAGGGGGAAAAAAAUAAGAAAAUGGAAAAGCAGUGACAACUGGUGAAAAGAGGAGUUUUUGUUCAUGAAUUUUAGAAACUCCCCUUUGCAGGAUCAAUAAACCAGUUGUGAUAA